UUUCGACCUCACCCCGUCCCUCACCCCGACUUUGCGAUCCAAAAGAUCGCCCCCAACGCCCUCAAAAAGCUUCAAAUCUCUUGCGCUCAUCGUCUUACGCUCCCUCAUUUACCCAGAGUCCCUCUUUUGCCCCCCGCUCGGAUGUCUUCCGAUGACGACGGCCGCCAACCCUGCUCUUCGCGACGAGAUCUUGCGAUCUAAGCGGGCAGAAAUCGCGCAUUCGGUGUCGUCGAGAAAGCGUAAGCUGCGCGAACUCUACACGGUCGCACGUUACGAUGUUACCGAGACUCCCCAAGUGACCGGCCUCGCCAAUCCUACUCCGGCCGAAAAUGCCUUUCUCGAGGCCAAUGACAUUUUAAAAGGACGCUUCUUUGAUGAAUCUACGCUGCCGUCGCGUGCGCCUUUCCAUGAACAAAUCGCUUCCACUCAACUCUUACCAGACGAGGAUCAAAAGCAACCAUCGCAGACAGCUUCGCCAAGCUCCGUAGCCAAUGAUGGAGCGCGACAGCCGGUAUCGCGCGCAGUCGAUGGAGCCCAAGACCAGGUCGUAUCGGCCGACGCACUGUCCCGCCCGCAUCCUCUACCGUCACCCCCAGAUGGAACAGCAUCGCAAGGAGAUGCGAAUGUCCAAGUCGCGGAGGACCACGGUGUUGCGGAGCCACAGAAGCGCGCGCGCACAUUGCAGCCAUCUUUGACUAUGCAAAAGGCGACGGCCACCUUGAGAGAAUCGCAACCAAGUCCGGCACCGCAAGAUGAGGCCGAACUAGACAGGACCCUAGAAAAAGAAAGAAUCAAGCAACAGGUGGAAAGCCCUCCUGGGAGUCCAGGUGUCGAUCCGGCCAAAGCGGUUCCUAUCUCUCCUGAUGAUGCGCAGUCGUUGCCGGCUUCGACGGUACAUGCAGCGUCUCCCGAUGGCGAACGUUUGGGCCCUCGGACCGUUCAUCUGCCUCCGAAGCGUACACAGGAGCGGCAUCUUAGGGAGGUUGAACUCGGUCAAGAACGCGACCUUCAAAGGCAAAGAAAGGAGGAGGAAAAGCACCGGCCUUCUUCCGCUGGUCUUCCGACAAUCUCCGAGCCGCUUUCCUCUCCUACCUCGACCGUUGGACCUUACUCUACCAAUACGCCUGCAAUGAAUAUCGUUUCUCCCGACACGAGUCCUGAGCAUGACGGCGCUGGAGAAGCAGCAGCACCACCGCUUAGGGAAAGCACGCCAGAUGCCCUCAAACCUAGCGCCCAGGAACAAGCUGCCAAAGCAGAGCAUGACAAGCUUCUCAAAUCCCAGAUGAAGUUGGCGCGCCGCGACGCUUUUGAAAGUGGGCCGUCGACUGCAGAAGCCCAAUUGAAGCUUGAAGAGCAACAAGCCGCUGCCGCAGCCUCUGCAAGCCAGCCGAACGUAUCGAUACUCCCCGAUUCUGUCCCAACCACCGAGAACGCUGUCGGCCCAGCUGGCAAUCCUCCUCUCACGCAAAAAGCGGACGAGAUCGUUCAGGACAUUGUUGAUGAUGAGGACGAGGUUGUGGGCGUGCCUACUGCAGGCGAGGAGAUGGAAAUUGCAGAUGAGACCGGGCAGCCUGAAAUUGAUGGCUUGUCAAAAGAGGACAAGGCCACAACUCCUAUACCUCAUGCCGCAAGUGCUCAAAGCACUCCCAUGGACAUGGACGGCAUUGAAGCAACUGCUGCUAUUAUGGCUCAAAAAGGCACUGCGAUUGAUGCUAAACUCCGUCCAAAUGACGACCAUUCAAGAACGGCUCAGCCGGUUGCGAAACCCCCAACAGACGGCCUUCAUCCACCACAUACUCAAGCCCCGUCAGCUCCAGACAGGAUGACUACAAGAGUAUCUUCGGGCGCGAUCAGACAUAAAUCAGUAUCGGAGAUAUUGGGCGAGGUCCCUAAGCCACAUCUAGCGGCAAUAAAUGAGAAGCAGUCUCCCGAACCCGUCAGGGCGAACUCGGCUCUCAUGGCCUCUCCAUCUGCCUCGAGGGGCGGAACACCUGCGUCUGCCGCAGUCCGUUUACGGAAUAAUGAGCGCAAAGAAAGAGAGCGCAGCAAGCUUUCCACGGUCGUAUUUGCAAGACCGAGCCAGCCGCGGAGCGAAUCUCUUGCGCCUGCUCGCAAAGACCAGCAGGUCACCUUGCAAGACGAAAAGGAUUACCUUCGGACUCUUUUUGCUGCCCAAGCUUCAUCUGCUCCCAGAUCGCAGUCGCUCAAUUCCAUCUUGACCAGCGCACACAAAACACUAACCACCUCAAAUCAUUAUGUCGACUUUUUCGAGCAGCAGGAUUGUCGGAUUCUCAAGCGCAUCUACCACUUGCAAUACGCCAAUCGAUGGUCGCUGCGUCAGCUUACGCGUGCGGCUGAGGCCCCGCGUCCGGUAACUCAUUGGGAUGCAUUACUUGAUGAGAUGAAGUGGAUGCAGACAGAUUUUCGAGAGGAACGGAAAUGGAAACUUACAAUGGCGAAACAUCUUGCCGACUGGUGUGCUGAAUGGCACGCGUGUAGCCCAGAAGACCGACUUGCUUUGCAAGUAAAGCGAAGGGUUCCCAAGCCUAUUGAAGACGUGGACAUGAAAGAUGCGCCUUCUGAGUCCCAACCCGAUGGCGUCAAGGACAUCAAACAUGACGACCAACAAACCCCUGAUCUGGUACCGUCGGCCGAAGACGAUUCCAUGAGCGAUGCGCCCGAUUUUGAGGAGCAUCACCGUAUACCUUUCGAAAUUGUCGCACCCGCAGCCAUCUUUGCCCUACCGCCUGAUGAGGCUACGUUUGAUUUGCAAAAGACGUCGGCGAGCGUUGAGCUUUUGAACGAACUUCCUCUUUAUGAGCCAGUUAAGGAUAUUCCACGAUCCGAGUUCGAGAGAACUACGAUAAUUCCGGAUGCUGCCUGGAAACUCCCCAUGGUGCCAGUCUCCAAGUUUGUCCAGGGCAAGAUGAUUGGUCAAGAUGAAGGUCCUCCACGGAAAAGGAGCCGCUAUGACUAUGAAUCUGAGGACGAGGAAUUGGAUGCCGAUUCGGGACUACCAUCAAAUCACCGACGGCGUUUCCAGCUACCUCCUGAACAGCGAGACGUUGCACUCUUUACUCCGGAAAACAAGCAUAUUCGGGAUCGACUACAUGCUGGACAUGCGUUCAGGCCGCCAUCCGAGUUCCCUAUGCCCUCUCAAACCUUUUUCGAGACCCGAAAUUCUUCUCAAUGGACUUACAGCGAAGAUGAUGAACUUCGAAAGCUUGUCCGGGAGUAUUCGUACAAUUGGUCGUUAAUUGCAAGCUGCCUUUCUUCGUCUUCACUCUUCUCGUCUGGAGCUGAGCGUCGCACACCGUGGGAAUGCUUUGAAAGAUGGGUCGGACUGGAGGGGCUUCCAGCAGACAUGUCCAAGACGCAGUAUUUCCGAGCUUACCAUGCUCGGCUCGAGGGCGCACAACGAACACUCAGUUCCCAGCAGCAAGCUGCUCAGCAACAGCAGCAGAACAACAAUCCCUCGCAAUCCGUUACUCCAGUCAGGAGGAAAAUCACACAGCCUGUUAGGGUUGAACGAAGAAAAAAUACCAAACAUUUUGCUUUGAUUGACGCAAUGAGGAAGUUGGCUAAGAAGAGGGAGGCUGCUCUUCAGAAGCAGCAGCAGGCCGCCGGAUUGGCCGCGAUGCGGAAAGCAAAUGAAAUCACUCAUGCGCGACCCUCUACCCACACUCCGCAGGACUUCAGUCGGUUGAAGUAUGAGCGUGAGUGCAAGAUGCAGGAAAAGGCUGAGGCGUACCGGCAGCAAAUGCUUGCCCACCAAAGAGCCGCUUUGCAACAACGACCAGGCCAGCAGCCGACCGCUCAGCAAUCUCUUCUUAACGGAGCAGCACCUCAGGCCCGUCACGCUACCCCUGGGUCUGCCAACGUUAACGGUGUUCCCGGUGCUCCCCUACCUGCGGCCCACGUGCCACAAGGUGUCCCGGCUCAGCCUCGUGCUCAUCCUAUCCCUACCAUGCACAAUGGCCUUCCGAAUCAAGCUGGUGCUCACAUCCCACCAGGGAUGACCCCAAAUCCUCAGCUAGCCGCUAUGAAAGGAAUGCCUCAAGCGACCAUGCAGCCGGGUCUUCCAGGUCAACAGCGCAUGCCGGCGCAAAUGACACCGGACAACAUGCGUGUACUCCUAGAGGCCAAUCGAGUUCAGCAAGAACAGCAACGUUACUUGCAGGCUCGCCAACAACAACAUUUCCAGGCGUCGCAGCAACACCACGGCCAACCUGGCCCUGCAGGUUCACCAAAUCUGGCUAACCUCAACGUUGCGAACCAAAGUAACCCGGCGGUCUUGGCCGCGAUGCAAGCGGCAUCUAAUGCGAAUGGAAUGCGUAGCCCUUCUCAUAACAACCUUCAUGGGCCUGCCGGCGCAACAAACUCCCCGCGCCUUGCGCAGGCUUACCCCUCGCAGCCGAAUCAACCCCAGCAACUUUCAAGUGGAAUGAUUCCAGCUGUAAACAGCAUUGCUCAUCAGCUUAAGGCACGUCAUCCACAAAUGUCGAAUGAGCAAAUCCAGAAGCUCGCAAGCGAGCAACUCGCCCAACAAUAUCAGCAGCGCAUGGCAGCCCAGCAGCAACCUGCUCUGAAUGCUAAUGCAGCAGCCGCUCAACCCAUGAGCAAUGAUGCCCAGAAACAACAUAACACUCCACUACCGCCUCAACAGCAUCCGCUGAUGGGUAACCAUCCCACCACUGCCCAGCAACAACAGCUAUAUGCACAGAUGCUGAGGGCGCAACAAGCUGGCCAGAGCCGAGCCUCCACUGUGGCCCCCAAUGGCGCACGGCCUGCUAGCCGUAGUGCAACCCCUGCCACGCCACAGCCUCAACGGAGCAAUAGCGUCCAAGCGCCGAGACAAGGGCAGAGUCAAAGCCCACGACCUCCGCAAGCGCAAGUGGCUGGGGGGCAAUGAAUGAUGUGAAGUCUAUUUCCACGAUAUCAUAUUCGAUUCUUCUUCUUCCUUAUGUUUUUUUAUUCCCCUAAUUCUAUUUCAUUUGUAAGCGCGGGCAAGGGAAGGGACUGGAUUGGACUGGACUGGACCCGACUGCUUCUUAGGACGAGCAGGGUGGGAGGCGCCCGGCGUCGUAUUGCUAUUGACACGGCUGGUAAAAGGACAUAGGGUUGUUACCAUUCUUGUAGUAUAUUAUCACGCCGAUUAUGAAGAAUUUUAAAAUUUUUAAGUUUGACAGC